AUGAGUUUUAGAAAAGGUGACCAAGUUGAAGUUUGCAGUGAUGAAGAAGGUUUUAAGGGAGCCUGGUUCCCUGCAACCAUAGUUAGGAAGGCUGGUCUAGGGUUUCUUGUUGAAUUCAGAGAUUUAGUGACUGAUGAUGGGAAAUCGAAACUGAGAGAAAAAAUUGAGGUUGAUGAGAUAAGGCCUCAACCACCUUAUAUGAACAGGCAGCAUUUUGUGAUAGAUGAACAAGUUGAUGCAUAUGAUCAAGAUGGUUGGUGGGAAGGAGUAAUAGGAAAUGUUCUAGAUGAUAAUAACUAUGUUAUUUUCUUUAGCCACUUUGGUGAGAAAGGUGAAUUCAAUGUAUCUCAACUUCGCCUUCAUCUGGACUGGGUAGAUGAAAAGUGGCUUCAGCCUUCACAGCUUCCAUGGUAUUGGAUAUGCUUUGACAGUUGGAUUUUACCUUUGUCUAAGACAACAAUACAACAUCAUGUGCCCUGUCCAAAUUGUCAGGAGAACAUGGAACAUAUUUCUCCAAGGCCAGAAAGAAGAUCGACUAGGUUGAACAAAGGCAAAAGUAAAACCUACGAUGAUGAAAUCCCAGAACAAGAUAAGGCAGAUGCACCAUGUGGGUAUUUACAAAGUGCAGGAACUAAGCUGAAUGAGAAAACAGGAAAGAGAAAACUGAGUGCUAAUAAUCAGUUGCAUGAUGAUUCUCUUGAAAAGGAAAAAAUGGGUGUAGCAGGAAAGGAUGUGGAAAGUGCAGAGACUUUCUCUACAUCUAAGAAACAAAUUAUUGAUUUGUGCAAGUCACAAGCAGAAUUUUCAAUAGACACCGAAGUUACACUUUCUGAAGAUAUGGAGAAAACUACUGGUUAUCCUGUUAAUACUCCUGAAAUAAGUGCAAGUGCAAAUUUGAAAAAGAGUGAGCUCCAUGCUUAUCAUUCAAUUCUUAAGGCAUUGUAUCUUCAGGGAAAUCAUACUUGGGAAAUUGAAGUUCUUCUUACAGAUAUUAGAGAAGUGUUACAUAUUACUCAGGAGGAGCAUGCAACCCAGCUCAGACACAUAAUUUCUGCUCAACGUAAGUGA